AAACCCCGAGGGUUUUUUCUCAGAGAUACAAUUCUCCCGGUAGUUCAGUUCCGUAAUCAGAAGGUUGUAACAAUGGCUUUCUUAAGUAAAAUUGGGAAUAUGUUUAGGCAGGCAUCGACUACACAGAUCAAUUCUCAGUUGUCUUCUUCAAGGCCCGGUCUUUUUCAAGUGUUCCGGUGCAUGUCAGACUCCCCGAGCUCGAAAGUUUUUGUCGGAGGUAUUUCAUACCAAACUGAUGACCAAGGUCUGAGAGACGCUUUCAGCCAAUAUGGUGAAGUUGUUGAAGCAAGAGUAAUCGUGGACCGAGAAACGGGCAGGUCUAGAGGAUUUGGCUUCGUCACGUACACCAGUACCGAGGAUGCUUACAGCGCAAUACAGGCCUUGGAUGGACAGGUUCUCCAUGGCCGCCAAGUAAGAGUGAACUAUGCAGCUGAGAGACCUCCUCGUAACUUUGGAGGUGGUGGCUAUGGCGGUGGUGGCUAUGGUGGUGGUGGUGGAUAUGGUGGUGGAUAUGGUGGUGGUAAUUAUGGAGGUGGUGAUGGCUACAAUAGAAAUGCCAGUCCCUCAUCUGGAAAUUAUGGAGGUAAUGCUGGAUUUGGUGGUGGUGGUAAUUAUGGAGGCCAAGGAAAUUAUGGUGGUUUCGAUCAAUCUGCUGCAACCAAUUUCGAUGGUGGGAACUUCAAUGCUGACGUUGCCACCGGUGGUCCUGCUGGAUAUGGAAGUCAGAAUACGGGAUUUGAUAGCGGUGAUCAAUUCGGUAGUGCUGAAGAUGGCUUCAAGGAGGGAGGAGACGACUCGAACGAGCCAAUGAACGAGAACUUCCGGGACGACAAUGAUGAGAACGGAAGUGAUUUCGCCAAAAGGGCAUGAAGCAAGUCGGUUUCAAGUAGCAGUAAAUUGUUUGGUUAUUUAGUUAUGGCCGUUGCUUUCUUGGAAACUUAUU